UUUAAAGAAAUCUGUUCAGGUCACAUGACAGCCGCUUCCAACAUGGCCUCUCCUGCCUGGAGCGGACUGUCUUGUUUACGGUCAAAACAACGAGCGAUUAUUCUCUUCUUUUUUUGCUGGACUUUAACGUACAGUUUUGCAGAUGAAGCUGACAGCUGCGAAAAUCUGCGUCCGGGACAGUAUCUGUGCAACAGCCCUAAAAUACAUCCUGCAACUCAAGAGCCAGAGAACUGCGUGGAUCUGGUAGCAUGGGUGGAGUGUCAUCCUGCGCCCAAUGUCACCUGCUUGCUAUCAAAUGGGACCAAGUACAAAUUCAGUGGUGAGGAAGUCGGAUUUAAUAAAAGUAUCCCAUGUCGAAACGUGUCUACUUAUUCAUACAAAGUGGCUGUUGCUUUGUCACUUUUCCUGGGAUGGCUGGGUGCAGAUCGGUUCUAUUUGGGCUAUCCAGCUCUAGGACUGCUUAAGUUCUGCACGGUGGGGUUCUGUGGAAUCGGAAGCCUGGUGGACUUCAUAUUGAUAUCCAUGCAGAUCGUAGGUCCAUCUGACGGGUCAGAUUACAUCGUGGACUACUACGGAGCGAGACUCGUACGGCUCUCCAUAACAAACGAAACCUACAAACGGACGCAGAUGUCACCGUGACAAGGUGGAGGGAGAACACAGGACAGAGGAGCUCACGUCCAGGACUGUCAUUAAAAUCUAUUCUUUUUCCUCUCUCCAAACGGGAAGACGACAGAACACGCCAGACAUCAUGCUGCGUGUGAGAGUGCAAAAAAGAGUCAAAUAGGAACGGCCAUAUGUUGAGCUUGUGUUAGCUACAGUGCACUGGAACGUCUGCAGAAACUCUACAAAGCCACAUCUCCAGUCUCCAUCUCUCUCCCUACUUCCAUCCAUCUGUCCUUCAUCUCUUACUUCUGUGAUCCUGAGGGCUACAAUAAAGUUCACCCCUCAGUUCUUGCCCUCCAAAAAUGAUCUUGGCAGGUGAAAUUGUCUUAAAUUUAGUCGAUAUAUCUAAUAUUUUUGAUUUUGGGAUUUAUUUCGCUUAUUUUUUACUUUUAUAUGAUUUCUAGAUGUUUUACUUGUUUUAAGUUAUUUUAAAGCAUAUUUCUUAAAACAAGCAAAAUUAUAGGUUAAUACAGUGAGAAUAGAGGAAAUCACUUAAAAUAAGUAAAAAAAAAGUCUCAAAAAUAAAAUAUUAUAAUAAGCUUACAGCAAUCUUAAAUUGAGAAAUAUGAGAAAUAUCAACUAGGUUUAAAAUAAUUUUACUUGCCAAGUGUUUUGUUUUGCAGUGUGUGGAAUGUGUCAGAUUCUGUUUGUUAUUUAAGCAGUGUAAAUAAAGUUUUACUGUAAAGGCCAAUUCUACAUGCAUCAUGCUUAAAUUCUGUGCUACUGGUUCAGUACAGAGCUCAGAUACCAGAGUGAUGUCACUCAGUAAGAUGAAUCGCACAGUGAAGCUUGUAUACUUUUGUGUCUUUUUCAUCAUUGUGUUUUUGUUAUUUAAACAAUGUAAAUAAAGAUUUACUUUCCUCAACAA